AUGUCAAACUCCAACUUCUCGGCUACCCUGUUCAAUGUCAACUUCACACCCGACAACCGCACUCUUGCUUUCAACAUCGUCGGUGUCACGACCAUCAGUGGCAAUGUCACAAUCGACCUGGUCGUCUACGCUUAUGGUCUGAAAGUCAUUAAGAAGACUCUCGACCCUUGUCAAGAAGGAUGGGCCGGUCUCUGCCCCAUGAAUGAGGGCCAGAUCGAUCUCGAUUCCAACAUUGUCCUGCCUGCCGACACGAUCAGCCAGAUUCCCGGCAUCGCCUAUACCAUUCCUGACCUCGACGCCAAGGUCCAAGUCUUCGUCAACAGCACCGACACCGGUAGAGCCACUGCCUGCGUGCAAGCCGAACUCUCAAACGGCAAGACAGUUGAUCAAAAGGCCGUCUCGUGGACUGUCGCUGUCAUUGCCGGCCUCGCGCUGUUCGUCUCUGCCAUCACGUCGGGUCUUGGACACUCCAACACUGCCGCCCACGUUGCUGCCAACACUCUUGCUCUCUUCGGCUACUUCCAGGCCCAGUCUCUGGUUGGUAUGACUGCUGUUCCUCUUCCUCCCAUUGUCGCUUCUUGGACCCAGAACUUCCAGUGGAGCAUGGGCAUCAUCCGCGUGGGCUUCAUUCAAGACAUCGCCACCUGGUACCAGCGCUCUACCGGAGGCACUCCCAGCACCGUCCUGUCCGAAUUGUCGACCGAAUCCGUCGAGGUGCAAAAGCGUUCCGUCGAUGUUGUUGGCCGUCUCCUCGCCCGUGGCGCCAUUAAGCUUCACCAGCUCCUACCCAGAGCCACUGCCACCGAUACUACCAACAAGGCUAUCAUUCUUCGUGGUAUUGAGCGCGUUGGCUUCCGCUCCAAGAUCGAGCUGACCAACAUCUUCCUCACUGGAUACAUCUUCCUCUUGAUUUUCGUCGUCUUUGUCGUUCUUGGUGUCAUCAUCUUCAAGUUCAUCUGCGAGGGUCUCGUCAAGAUGGGCAAGAUGAAGGGCGACAAGUUCCAGGACUUCCGUAACGGCUGGACCACCGUCCUCAAGGGCAUUCUCUUCCGUCUGGUCCUGAUCGGUUUCCCCCAAAUGGUCGUUCUCUGUUUCUGGGAAUUCACCAAGCGUGACUCGGCUGCUGAGGUCGUUCUUGCCGUCUUCACCGUCUUCACCAUGAUUGGCAUACUCGCAUGGGCUUCUUCCAAGGUCAUUCGUCUUGCUCGUCGCUCUGUCUCGAUGCACAAGAACCCUGCUUACAUCCUCUAUUCGGAUCCUGUCUCACUCAACAAGUGGGGUUUCCUCUACGUCCAGUUCAAGGCCACAGCUUACUACUUCAUCGUUCCCGUCCUGAUCUACCUCCUCGCAAAGGCUAUGUUUGUCGCUUUCGGUCAAUCCAACGGCACACUGCAAGCCAUUGCCUUCCUCGUCAUCGAGGGUGUCUUCUUUGUCGUCGUCUGUGUCCUCACUCCAUACAUGGACAAGAAGACCAACGCCAUCAACAUUGCCAUCUGCGUUAUCAACUUCCUCAACUCCAUCUUCCUGCUCUUCUUCACUGGCAUCUUUGCUGUUCCUGGUCUGGUUAUCGGUGUCAUGGGUAUUCUCUUCUUCAUCUUCAACGCCAUCUUCUCGCUUGGUCUCUUGAUUGCCAUUCUGGUCGCAUCGGCCUUUGCCAUCUUCUCCAAGAACCCUGACACCAGAUACCAGCCCAUGCGUGAUGACCGUGGUUCUUUCAUCAAGUCUCAGACCCAACUCAACACUGAGCUUGACGCAUUGGGUGCUACUGCUCGUGGUGAAGGCAAGGGUGGAUGGAAGGGCGCUCGCAUUGAAGACGAUGACGAUGGUUGGUCGGGUAGCUCCACUUCCGAGCCUCGUGUCGGUGGCAACAGCUCCUCCAUGGCUGGCAGAUACGGUGACAUGCCUCGCUCUCCUCAUGACCCUAGCAUCUCGAGCUUCCCUUCAGAUGGUGGUCUGCCAAGACACAACCCUCCCUCAUAUCUCGAUGAGAAGACCGGUUUCUCAACACCGGACGUGCGUAGCAACCACAGCCCCAGCCCGGCACGCACGCCGCAAUUACAACAACAGCAAACAGGCAGAGCGAGUCCGUGGCAGCGCGGUGCCGGUUAUGAAUAA